CCACGCGUGUGAAAAUGUGCUGAAGAAAAAUUCGCCGAGGAAAAACGCUUUUCUAUUUUCUUCAUUUUCAUCUCUCCUGCGGCUAAAUAAAAAAUUCUACUCUCUGUGUGUCAAAAGAAGUGUAAAUCCUUGUCGAGCAAGUGUUUCUGUUUGUGUGUGAGCGCUCGUGAAAAAAAACAGAGGAAAAGUGAAAAUCUGUGAAAAUUAGUGCUGAAAUUAACCCUCUGUGCGGUGAAAACUAGUCUCCUGGCAGUCGAGGAUCGACAAAAUGAGAAAAUAAUCAAAUGCUUCAGCGUGCACAUAUAAAGUGAAAACAUUCGAAGAAAAUAUCAGAAAAAACGCGGUACAGAAAAAGUGGACCGAAGGAGUGCUGAAUCAACGUAGUUGCAAUAGAUAAUGACCGCAGCAGUUAUGGCGUCGGACGGAAGUUAUGAUCCAGUGAUUUCCAAGCUGAUCACAUCGCUGAAGGAGUCGGAGGGCCUGUCGGACGAGCAGGAUCUGGGCUUCCUGCAGAAUCUGCUCCAGUCGAAGGAGCUGAACGCGCUGGUCAACGUGCACAGCAAGGUGGCCAAAAUCAACAAAGAUGACCGGAUAGCGCCGCUGCUGUCGUCGUCGAUGCAGGUACUGCUAGAAACGCUCGAACUGUUAGCUCCAAGAUGUCACAUCUCACCGCUGUGUAGAGAGAUUUUCCACCUGCUCCAGACACCGCACUUACAGAGCGUCCUGUUCGCACACGAUGCCAUCGCCCAGAAGGACUUUUACCCCCACCUGCCGGAAAUACCUGUCGAAGUGGACGAGGACGAGGAGACCAUCAAAAUUGUCCAACUGGUCAAGAGUAACGAACCCCUGUGUGCUGGAGCACAAAGUGCGGAACCAAUUGUAGGCGCCACAAUCAAAACCGAUGAGGAAACGGGCAAGAUCAUCAUCGCACGAAUCAUGCACGGCGGGGCGGCCGAUCGAUCCGGGCUGAUCCACGUGGGUGACGAGGUCAUCGAGGUCAACAACAUCAACGUGGAGGGCAAAACGCCUGGCGAUGUGCUGCAGAUUUUGCAAAAUUCCGAGGGAACCAUCACGUUCAAGCUGGUGCCCUCGGACGGCAAGCUGGACCAGCGGGAGAGCAAGGUGCGCGUCAAGGCGUACUUUGACUACGAGCCGGAGAAUGAUCCGUACAUCCCGUGCAAGGAGGCCGGGCUCGGCUUCGUCCGGGGGGACAUCCUGCACAUCGUGUCACAGGAUGAUUCCUACUGGUGGCAGGCCCGUAAGGAGGGCGAAAAGACCACCCGAGCGGGUCUGAUUCCAAGCCGUGCCCUACAGGAGCGUCGCAUCCUGCACGAACGCACCGCGAAGGAACCAAACGGUGAAGCUAAAAAAGGUUCAUGUGCGUCCAUCUGUGCCACACCCCCGGGUUCGCCGAACCCGGCCAAUCCGUGCCGAGGGCCGAAGACUAAAAAGAUUAUGUACGACACAGCGGAAAACGACGACUUUGACCGGGAGCUGAUCGCCACGUACGAGGAGGUGGCCAAGCUGUACCCCCGGCCCGGCGUGUUCCGACCGAUCGUGCUGAUCGGGGCGCCCGGCAUCGGACGGAACGAGCUGAAGCGCCGGCUGGUGGCGCGCGACCCGGAGAAGUACAAGAGUCCAGUGCCAUAUACGACGCGUUCGAUGCGCCCCGGAGAGGUGGCCGGCCGGGAGUAUCUGUUUGUGACGCGUGAAAAGAUGGAAGCGGACAUUGCCGCCGGCAAGUUCAUCGAGUACGGCGAGUACAAGGGCCAUCUGUACGGGACGUCCGGUGAAAGUGUCAAGAGCAUCGUGAACGCCGGCUGCGUGUGCGUGCUGAGUCCACACUAUCAGGCGCUCAAGACGUUGAGGACGGCCCAGCUGAAGCCGUACAUCGUGCACAUCCGGCCCCCGCCCACGUUCGAGAGUCUGAAGCAGACGCGCACCAAGGCCCGGGCCAAGUCGACGUUCGAUGAGACGAAUUCGAGGGGAUUCACGGACGACGAGUUCCAGGAGAUGAUCAAGUCGGACGAGCGGAUCAACUUCCUGUACGGGCACUUUUGCGACGACGAAAUCCUGAACGGCGACCUGACGGAGGCGUUCGAGAAGCUCGUCGAGCUGGCCGCCAAGUCCGAGUCGGAACCACUGUGGGCCCCGACCAGUUGGGUGCAAUGAAGGCACAUCUGUUCUGCCAAAGCCGCCGCCGCCAAAACGCCCCCACCACCAACAACUACGACAACAACCGUUUCUUCUAACUCUUCUUCUUCGCCGCCGCCACCACUUUCGAUGGUGGCAAAUUGUUCCGUAAAUGCGCCAUCGUGAGCUGGACGGGACUUUUGAAAAUUGUGUAAAAAUGUGUUUAGUUUUGUUUAAUUCGUUGUUAUCAGAAAGUUUAUUGAAUUGGAAGAAAAUUCGCUGGUUAAAAUGUGAGUGUUUGAAUCGCGCGGUCUUGGCAGAAUCGGUGCAAAAAAUUUAGACAAAUAAAAUGAUUCAUGAACAAGUAGCAGCUUAGUUGAGUAAAGUUUUAGUUAAUUUUGUUUUCGUUGAAACUCCCUUGAAGAAUCAAACGUCCGUCUUAGUGAAUGUAAUCGUUUGUGACUAAAAGUUGUUGCAAGUUAUUUGAGUUAAAUUUCAAUUUCAAGACUAACAAAAUUUGUAAUAGUUGCCGUAGGAAUCGAAUCUUUCGGCGUAGGAUUAAUUUAUGUAGGUUAAAUAAAACAAGAAUAAUGGAUACGUUCACUGCCCUUCAAUUCAGAGUAAGUUUAGUAAUAAUAAUCACUCAGAAACAAAAACAUGAAACCUACACCAGUUUUGCGUUCUCAGCGUUUCGUCUUAUUUUCACCAAAUUCAACUCUUAUUUCUUGAAAAUUUAUUGUGCAAUUUCAGCUCUAGUUAGAUACAAAGCGAAACAUACAAUUCCUAAUGCAAAAAUCUAACCUGAAUCAGUCAACUCUCUUUACAUAGUUAUACUACAAAGAAAAACACGAUCUGUAAGUGAUGCUUGCUAGAAACUAAACUCCACAUAGAUUCACUGUAAAUUUCACCGAAAAAAAUGUAGCGAACUAGUUGAACUUGCGUUACUUGAAAAACAAAACAAUACAACAAUCCUUACAAAAAAAAAAAAACAAAUAAAUUACCCUUGAAGAAAGAAGCCACAGGAAGACAGAGCUGUAUAUUUUCCGACAAAUUUAACAAAAAUGGUAAACCAAACAAAUUGCAUCCAUAUUCUUACGUAAAUUGUAUCGUUACCCCGAGAGCCAUUAAUAGUGAAAGCCAGACAAAACAAUUGAAACCGUAAGUGAGCAAACUAAAAAUUGUCUUUCCCAACAGUAAUUGAAGAUAGAGCAAAUAAAACUGAUUUCUAGUGAGGAUUUUGGCAUCGCUGCAAUCGAUGAAGGGAUCGUUAUCGUCAAUGGUCAAUGAUCAAAUUUGAGAUUUAAAUAGUAAUAAGUUAAACUGUUUGAUCCACAGAAGAAAAAUAUAUGUAAAUUGGAAUCUUUUUAUGCAUAAUUGCAGUUUUUUACAUAAAUUUGGUAAUAUUCAACCAUCAAAUGUACAAUCUUCAUGUUUGGGCGUGUGAUUAUUACAUGAAAUUUCAUGUAGCAUUUCUUAUAUCACCAAUUCCACGUCUAACCAACAGGAUUCAGAUCAAGAUUGCUCCGAAUUGAUUUAAAUUUGGCACGGGAGAUCCAAAUAAUAACACCAGGGUGUCAAAUGAAGUCGAGAAAUUGGAAUAAUCGUAAAAAAGUCGGGAAUUCGCCAAAAAUCCGCAAAAUAACGGGAAAAAGUCGGAAAUAUGUAAUUGUUUGUCGAAAUGUCGGAAAAAGUCAGGAAUUUUAAGCAUUCUUAUUUGAAAAUAAUUUUCCAGCUCUUGAAUAAUUUUGUAAUAUUUUGUUCAAUUUUAAAAUUAGUUUCACCCAAUUUGUCUUUAGCAACUAACUAUAAAUUUAAGGUUCCUUUCACUAUUUCAAUCUAUUUGAGAAUGAAAAGACUAUUCAAGACUCAAACAUUUCUAAUAAAUAUUGGAUGAUUUUGAUGACAUGCAUUUGCCACACAUUUAUGUUUGACUAUAAGUUUAUCAAACAAUGGUAUCAUCUAUCAUUAAACAAAUACAAACAUUAUGAAAAAUAUAAAUGAAAAUGGAGCUUAUUUUCAACGGUUAUUACCAGCAUAAUGCUUAGGCUAAUAAUUGUGUUUGAUUUUAUCACAUUGCAACUUAAAUAUCGAAUAAAAUUUAAAAAAAAAUAGUUCUGAAUGAAAAAAUACGAUUUGAAAAUAAAUUAAAGUAAUGUUUCAUUGAAAAAAAAAUACUUGAUAAAACAAUACUCAAAAUAUUAAAUAUCAAAAUUUACAAAAUUAAAAAAGUAACUUGGCAAAACCAUUUUUAUUAAACAAAUUCCUAGAUAUUUUAAAAUUCUUUGAAAAAAAUAUUAACUGUACCUUUGUUGUUUGAUUUUUAAAAUGUUUAUUUAGAUAUGUUGUUUGCUGAUUAAUAUUUUUUAUAAAGAGUUUUUGGUUUAAAUAUUGGAAUCAUUCUUUAGAUAAUAAAUGCCUUCUAUUCGAGGAUUUGAAAAAGUGGGGAAUAAGUCGGGAAUUUGAACAUGGGAUUUGAGUGGUCACCCUGCUACACUCGCAUUUGUUGUUUUGCAGUAAGGGUGCUUCUUUGCGAAAUAGGGUGGUCCAAAAAGUAGCAAAUUAUCAAUUAAUUUCGAAUAUCCAUUAACAGGAUUUUGAGAUAUGAUUGAAAAGAAAACUGGCGAAAACGGAAAAAAUCAUCUUUUUUCACUUAGACUUGACUUGAAAAUUCGAGCGAUGACCUAGACUUUUUGGAUAUCAAAAGUUGCCUAUUGAAAUUACGUAAAUUUUAGUAUCCAGGUAAAAUUGGUUCAGCCGUUCCGGAGAUGUCAAAAUGAGAUAUGAUUUUUUUUAAAUUAGAUUUUUGCAAAAAUCUUAAAUAAAUGCCAUUUUUUGAACCACCUCAUUUUAGUUAUUAGCCAUCACGAAACAAAAAAAUACGAGUCUAAUUAUUUUGGCCCAGUAACUCUCCUGCCAACACAGCACAAAAAAUCCGAUGGUAAAAUCGCAUGCAAAAGCAUGCCCAUCACCUUCUUCGAAAAAAGAUUACCAUUUUUUUUUAACACAAAAAAAAAGUUGCAACCGAUGGGACUCAAACCCAGCGCCAGCAGUAAGGACUGGCGCCUUAGCCCGUUCGGCCUAAGCGCAUAUAUGAGCUUGACAUUUCGUUCAAGUAGGUUUCCCAUACUGAUGGGCUACAUAUUUCAGGAUGUAAAAUUACAUAGCAUUUCAUAAAAUAAUGCAAAAUUUAUUUUAAACCCGGGCCAUUUACACGCAGCUGGAUUACUACUAUUUUUGCUGUGAAUGGGUGCUCUAAAUUCUGCACGGAGAGGCAUGUCUUCAAAAGUUUUGUGAAGGAUCUAUUGUCCUUAUCAUUUUCCGGUUUCCUCUACACGGAGCAAAAAGAGUUCCCAAAAUCGUGAACAAGCGUUCAUGAAAAUGGGAACCACGAACAAAGCGUUCAAAGAUUGUGCUGCUGUCAUACGCAUUUCAACAUUCAUGUUGGCACUGCUGUGCCAUUCAACCAGGGUUGCCAGGUUGCCAGAUAAAUCUGGGAAUGCCAGAUUUUUCAAGGUCCAGCCAGAAUCAAAGUUUGUUUACAUCCGUGAGAAAAAGGUGUUCCGAAUUUGUGGAUUUCAAGGGGCAAUGUUGUUCUUUGAAAAAGUGAUAUAAAACGUAAAAAUUCACAAUUGGUCAAUCUAAAGAUCACAAGUAAAGCUUUCACAUGAAGGUAAAAGCAAAUUAUUAUGCCCAACUAUCGAUUUUCUAUGAUUUUUUAAACAUUGCCCGAUCUGUAAACCGUUUCGAAUAUGUGGGAUGACUACUAAAUUUUGUUUACAAAAUAUCAAUUUUUAUUCGGAUUAUCAGCAAAGUUGACGAUAACGUAACCGGAAUCGCGCAGCGAUGACCACAAAAAAUCACCAUAAAUCUUCUCGUAGAGCAGAUAUCAGAUAGGAAACUAUUCUCUUUCAUGAUAACAGAAAAAAAACACAAACUUUAUUCACUUUACAUUCUAAAAUAAGAGAAACAGAACAAAAAAAAACCGCGCGAAAAAUCGGAGGAAAAGCAACAACACAAAGAAGGAAUUUGGGCGCUUGUAGCCAGCACGCCAGCAGCAAACUCAUAGGGACAUGCUAGAGACAAUAUUAUCGAGAAAUCCUAUACAAAAAUAAAAGCCGGAAAUGGAGACAUGGCUAAGUUAUAGAAGAAAUUUAAGUAACGAACGUUUCCCAGUUUGAUGCAAAAGCAGAGUGUGUUUAUGUAUCGUAAUGUAACUUUCUAAGUUGACCAAUCUUACAAUUGGGUCUGCGCAGCAAAACUAGACACUCAACAAAACUUACCAUGACUUUCCUGAUACAAAACAAGAAACCAUUACUAUUGAUGUUCUCCGCUUUCUGAAUUGACAAACUUACCUACGUCGUACACAAGUAUAUUAAAAGUACAUAAACCUAUAUUUACAUUUAGAGAAGAAAUCAACCCAAGGCAAGAUCCGAACCAGCUUGAAGUCACUCGAGAAAAAAACCGGG